AUGGCCUCCGUGUCCUUGUCUCUGGUCUUCCCCGGUCCCUCCCUCCCCUUCCUCCGGGGCUGGCCCUACCUGCGUCCCCUGUGUCGAGGGGCGGCAGCGGGCUGCCCCCACUCCUCCCAGUUUCCUCCGACAGAGGCCCCGCUGCAGACGCUUCACAUGGACGUGUGGGGCCCGGCCCGCGUCCGUGGACAGGGUCACGAGCGCUACUUCCUGCUGGUGGUUGACGACUACUCGCGUUACACCACAGUCUUCCCCUUGCGCAGCAAGGGUGAUGUCACUGAGGUGUUGAUCGACUGGAUCCGCGCAGCUCGUCUCCAGCUCAGGCAGAGCUUCGGCUCGGACUUUCCUGUUCUGCGUCUGCACUCUGACAGAGAUCAACCUUCACCCAGGGUCUCCAUGCCGGAGACCUCCCCAGCCUUGCUGUGGACGGGGAAGGUUGGCGAUGCGUCUGCGUUCCGUGUCUGGGGAUCUCGGGCGUUUGUCCGCGACUUGUCUGCGGACAAGCUGUCCCCUCGUGCUGCUCCUUGCGUCUUCCUUGGCUUCCCCCCUGAUGCGCCAGGGUGGCAGUUCUACCACCCCACCUCUCGCCGUGUUCUGUCCUCCCAGGACGUCACGUUUGACGAGUCGGUCCCCUACUACCGCCUCUUCCCCUACCGCACUCCGUCCCUCCCCCCGCCACCGCUCUUCCUUGUACCAGUCGAGCCUGUCGAGAUUACUGGUGACUCUGGUGCUGCUGAGGGUGCUGAGCCUGGGGGUGCUGACUCUGGGGGUGCUGAGCGUGUGGGUGCUACGCCUGGGGGUGCUGAGCCGGAGGGUGCUACUACUGGGGGUCCUGAGCCUGGGGCUGGGCCUGCUCGUGUGGCGUCUGGCGGUGCUGAGCCUGGAGGUUCUCCGGGUGCUUCGUCUCGGCGGGAGCCACUCUCUCCACAGGAGCUGCGCGAGUGGUUUGCCCGACGCUGGAGGCGUGCUGCUGGAGCUGGAGGUUCUUCGGCUGCUGAGGGUGCUGGUGCCGUGGGUCCCGGAGGCGGUCCUGUUGGGGGUACUACUGGUGCGGCUGGAGGUCCCGGAGCUGGAGGUGCUGCUGGCGCUGGUGCUGCCGCUGGGGGUACUGGUGCUGUCCCUGCUGUGUCUGGAGUCGCCGCGCGGCCUCGGCCGUACUUCGUUCCGCUCCUUCAGCAGGUUCUUGGUCUCCCGCCUUCUACUGGUCCUCCUCCUCCCUUAGAGUGUCCACAGCCUGUCCCGUCACAGUUCCAGUUACAGCCGGCCUCCCCACUGCCCGCUCCCUCUCCCUACACUAGUCCUACUGGAGGUCUUGCUGAGCGUCGUGAGCCUGCAUCCCGCCCUGCGUCGCCUGUCCGUGCUGCUCGCACUAGUGGUCGUGGUUCGCGUCAGCGUCCUCCUCCUGUCCCUGGCACGCACCGGAUGUCUCUGCGUCCGUCCACUGCUCCUCUGCGUGCCCCUUUGCCUUCUCCUCCUGAGUCCUCUCUUCUUGCUCUUCCUGACCCGGAGUCGGACUCUCUUCGUGCUGCCAGUCCUACUGUCACACGUCUCCUUGCUACUGUUGUCACUGACCCUUCCUUUGUGUCCACUGCUGCGUCUGCCCUAGUUACUGAGCUCGUCGACUUUGCUGCUCGCUGUCGUCUAGACUACGCUGCUAGUCUUGUUGCUGAGUCUGUCUGUCCUCCGUCCGUCGGGGGUGAGUGUGCCCUUGGCACGGACGUCCUUGAGGACAGGCAGGAGGAGUUCCAGUGUUUGGCUGCUGCUUCACCUCAUCUCGUGUCCGUACUGCUUACCCCUGAGGGAGACCCGGAUGCACUUGACAUCCCGACUCCGCGCUCUUACGCGGAGGCGAUAGAGGGUCCCUACUCCUCUCAGUGGCAGGCAGCUAUGGACGCAGAGAUGGCUUCCUGGAAGUCCACAGGCACCUACGUUGACGAGGUUCCCCCGCCUGGGGCGAACAUCGUCAGUGGCAUGUGGAUUUUCAGGGUGAAGCGGCCGCCGGGUUCUCCGCCUGUCUUCAAGGCGCGUUACGUGGCUCGUGGCUUUAGUCAGCGGCAGGGAGUUGACUACUUUCAGACCUUCUCUCCCACCCCGAAGAUGACCACUCUUCGGGUACUGCUGCACGUAGCUGCUCACCGCGACUACGAGCUACACUCUCUUGACUUCAGCACUGCUUUCUUGCAGGGUAGCCUGCACGAGGAGAUCUGGCUGCGCCGCCCACCUGGCUUCACUGGGUCUUUUCCUCCUGGCACCUAG